UCCUUCAGAGCAGCAGUUGGAUGGCAGGCAGCUGCUGGGCUGACACGUAACUAAAGUUAAAGGUGCUACGGAGGCCUCGUCGGAGACUUGAGGUUCUCACUUUUUGCCCCUUUUGGCGUCUCCGAAUUUGGCAGGAAAAGUCGAGGCGUGCACAGAGAGGGACUGGAGACCCCGGCAGGAGUCGUUGGACUCGGACCGAGCUGCGUUUUGAACGUCGCAGAGCGGUUUGACGUGAAGUCAGCCCGAAAAUCUGAGCGGCUACUUUGAAGUCGCAGCGGAGAGUCGCGAGUGGAUGUGGCUAUGCUAAAAUAAUGUCUACAUCGAGAAACAUUAGCGCAUAACUCGUAUUUUUGUGCUUGGAAAUGCUGGGGGACUGAGAGGAAGGCAGGAGGGGAGCGGAGGACCAGGAGGUGGAAAAAAAAAAAAAAAAGUUGAGACCGAAGUUUCCAGCAGCAGAGACGGGGUUUUCUCGUGCAGACAGCGGGGAGGGGUGCGGGUCCAACAUGGGAAACGGGGUGUGCUCCCGGAGGCAGCGACGGAUCUUCCAGUGUCUCCUGCUGGUCACCGUGGUCUGCGGGACGAUGUACGCCGGGAUGAUAUCGUACGAGAUGCACAAGCAGCUCAAGAGGACGGAGACGAUGGCACUGAAGUACCAGCAGCACCAGGAGGCACUUUCGGCUCAGCUCCAAGUGGUGUACGAGCAUCGCUCCAGGUUAGAGAAGUCCCUUCAGAAAGAGAGGUUAGAGCACAAAAAGACCAAAGAAGAUUAUCUGGUUUAUAAACUGGAAGCACAACAGUCACUCAACAAAGAGAAGCAAGAUGCCAGCAGCAGACUGAACUCUCUACAAGUGCAACAUCAGAUGCUGAAGAACCAGCACGACGACCUGAAGAAGCAGUAUUAUGAGCUGCAGGACCAGCACCAGGUUCAGGGCGAGGACCACAGCCGGCUGCUGGACGAACACAAAGGACGCUACGAGAAACUGCAGCAGGUCAAAGAGGUGGAAAUCGGUCAACUCAAAGAUAAUAUAUAUAACUUGAGGGAGGAAAAUAAACAGCUGAGAAAGGCUCACCAUGACAUCCACACGCAGCUACAGGAUGCACAGGUUCGCCAUCAGGACCUGAAGGCAGCGCACGACCAUCUCGCACUGACACUAGAAGACCACAAGAGUGCACUGGCUGCAGCUCAGAUGCAGGUGGAUGAAUACAAGCAGCUGAAGGACACCCUGCACAGUCAGAUUCAGAGACAGUCUGAACAAAACCAUGCCCCUCCGCAGCCACAAGCAGCUGCCGUAGCCCCCGUAUCCCACGUUCAUGAAGUCCAGAGGGACGAGCCACACAAAGAUGAGCCUGCCCAUGAGGAUCAUCACCAGCUACACCAGGACACUGAGUCCAGGUUGGACCAUCAAGGGGAGGAGGUGCACGGCCAGCCCCAGCACACCCUGUCAGACAAGGAGGACGAUGGUGAGGGAGAGGCCGAGAGGAGGAGGGAGCUGGCCGAGGAGGAGAUGGCUCAAGCAGGACAGCCUCAGAAGCUGGAGGAGGACCCGGACCAACAACAGGAUGAGCAGCAGGAGGAAGAGGAGGAGCAAGAACCGGAACAGGCAGACGAGAAUGCCCUGGAGCGACAGAGGCGCAAUCCACAGCCGGGUCCCCAUCUGGAGCUGCACCCAGAGGCCCAGCUGCAGCACGAGGCGCACGCCCAGGUGGAACGUGAGAAGUCAGCCUACGAGCAGCAGCAGGAGCAGCAGCGCCUGGAGGCCCAUCGGGCCGAGGAGCGUAGGCAGAUGCAGCUGCAUCAGGAGGCCCUGCAGGCCCAGAGAGAUAGGGUGCUGAAGGAGAGGGAGCAGAAACUGAAGGAGGAGCAGGAGCGAGAGCAGCAGCAGCACAAGGAGGCUGACAGACGGGAGAAGAUGCUGAAAGAUGAGCAUCAGAGGAAGAGAACCGAGUACGAGAAUAUGGACAAUGAUAUUGUUCAAGGAGACGAGGAUCAUCACAACGAUGACGAAGACGGUGAGACAGAGAGAGAUGUUCAUAUGUUACAAGAGGAGGAGGAGGAGAAACAAGAAGGGGAUCACAGAGUGCCGCCACAUCAGCAGGGUGUUGACGGUGAGCUGGACCCCGAGGACGACCCCAACAACCAGGGAGAGGACGAGUUUGAGGAGGCCGAAGAGGACCAACACCACCACAGGGUCCCGGAGGAGGAAGAGGAGGUGGUAGAAGAGGAAGAGGAGCCGGCAGCACCAGCCCAGCACAGAGACACACACCCACAACAGCCUGCCGUGGAGGAGGAACUGGUGAUGGCUGGAAACCCGGAUCAACAGGAAGACACGCUGGAUGACCAGUACCAGGAGGAAGUGGAGGAUGAGGCGCAGGAGGACAUAGCUGGUGGGCAGAAGAGAGAGGAGGAGGUGGAGGAGGAAGGAGAGGAUCCAUAUAACGAGGAGAACAUGGAACAGGAUGAAGUCAAAAACCAGGAGGGACCAAGAAAGGAUGGCGAUCAUAAAAAAGAGGCAGAUAAUAACGAGGAAGAGAAUUACGAAGAGGAGGAAGAGGAGGCGGAAGAUGAGACCGCUGGUCGAGACAAGGGAACCAAUCGGAGGGCGGAAAUGUAAGACAGACUUUGAAGACUUUUAGUGCCUUUUCAGUCGCCCCCCCAUGGAGCCAAUCAGGUCUUUCUUUCCCUCGAUUCCCAGAGGAAUAAAACCAGCCAUCCGUUCAGAAUUCCAAGUAAGAAAAUUGGGAUUUUAUGCCUAGAAGAUGGGAUGCUAUUCCAAACACUGUGGGAUGGAACUGAGCAGCUUACACUGUGGAAACGGACAGAAUUUGUUAGGUGGAAAUGGAAUAUAUACUGUAUUGUCUUUUAUUAUUUUAAUUUUCUGUCUGCUCGAACGUCUGCCUGAUUGCCUGAUGUGUCUUUUUUUUUUUUUUUUUUACCAGGCAGAGAAUGUAUUUUCAUCAUGUGUUGUCUUUGAGUACGUGUAAAGAAAGCAAAGAUAAAUUAUGUUAUUCUGAUGUCCUAAUGUUUCAGACCUUCAUAUAUAUGUUUUUAUGCAGUCGUAUUCUUCGUAGAGCUCAGAUUAUUUUAAUUUACCUCCUGUCAUUCCAAUCAAUCAAGUUGUUUUCUGUUAUUUAUUGUUGAUUGUGACAACUCUGACAAUCGUAAAAAGUUUGUGUCAUGAUGGCUUUUACCGAAGCUUUUAUUGAAGCUCACUUGCAGGAGUAUUUCCACAGGAUGUUUCCACAAAUGCCAGACGAAAGAGACAUUUCUGGUGAAGCCGCUCUGUGCUCAAAGUGUCACACUGACAUGUGCCUUUCCAUUCUUGGAAACCUCCUCUAGCUCUUAGUCAUUUUACAGUCAGAAAAGCAUUUCAAUAGGAAAGGAGAGAUGAGAGGCCAGUUGUUGCCGAACUUGUUGCGUAGUGCUUCAGCACAGCCUUAAAUCGGGGCUGCUUUAAUGUUGACUGCUGGUGUGAAUUAAAUUCACAAACUUAAUGCAAUUCAUUGCAAAAUCUGUAGUCUACUGUACAACGUGCAGUAAAAAUAAAUGCUGAUAAUUUGUACAUUUUUCCACCAGUUAUAUUUGAUACAAAACAGUGGGAUUUUGAUUGUAUUGAACCACAUUUGUCACAUGAGCGGUGUGUGUGUGUGUGUGUGUGUGUGUGUGGAAUAAAGAGGUCAAAGGAUUUCAGGUCA